UAAAAGUGUGGCUGGGAUGUCUUAGUUUAUAAAAUCAAAUCCCCACUAGUUGCUCAAGUCAGUGCAAUUUCAGUAGUUGGCAGCUGUGCGACUUUUCAUAAUUCUUUUUUCAGCAAAAUAGAUAAACGGAGCGAGGAGCUCUUCAAUAAGUAUGCCAAGCGUGCAGUUGACACUUGUGAUUUGUUGCUUUUUCGGGAUCACUUUCGCGGUACCACGUGGUUAUCCAAAAGGUGGACCACCGGCACCGGCACCGCCACCAAGACCACCAGCACCACCUAGUGGAGGCUAUUCGUAUCCACCGCCAAGCGGUGGUGGUGGUCCUUUUGGUGGCGGCGGCGGUGGUGGUGCACCCGGUGCUGGUUCUGAGAUACCAAUCAUCAAAUUGGAGUCCAAAGUUAACAUCGAUGGUUCUUAUCAAUAUGAAUAUGAAACCGGUAACGGCAUUAAUGCACAGGAAUCCGGUUAUGUGAAAAACGCCGAUGAUCCUUGUAAUGCAGUUUUAACUGCGGAGGGCUCCUUCUCCUAUACCAGCCCGGAGGGCCAAUCAUUCCUUGUCACCUAUACAGCCGAUGAGAAUGGGUUUCAACCGCAAGGCGAUCAUUUGCCCACACCACCACCGAUACCUCCAGAGAUACAAGAUGCAUUGGAUAAAAUUGCUGCUGGUGGCGGACAUCCUGGUGAUGGUGGUGACGGCGGUAGCGGUUGUCCUAACGGCGGUGGCGGUGGCUGUCCUUCUACCUGCAAUGGAGGUGGUGCCCCACCUGCUCCAAAUCCUGGUUAUCUUUAUUAGGAUUUCAAUGUUAUUCAUAUAAAUAAAUGAGUAGUUAACA